GAUCUCAUUGUAGAGUAAGAAUUUGGUGUGGAAGCUAAAAUACUAAAUUACAUCAUCAUUUUUAAACUUUGAUGUUUUUCUGUAGUUGAAAAACAUUGUUUGGCUAUCACCAUGUGCUCUGGGGGGUUUGCUAAGUGCCUGGGGAUCAGUCUGAUGCCCCUUUCCAUUGUGUGCGUGCUGUGUAAUAUUCUGCUCUUCUUUCCUGGCGGGAAGACAGUGACAAGUGAAAACAUCACAGAAGAAGUGUGGUAUUGUGGAGGAAUUCUUGGCUCGGGAGUCUUGAUGAUCUUCCCAGCUUUAGUCUUCCUGGGUCUGAAGAACAAUGACUGUUGUGGGUGCUGUGGCAAUGAAAGCUGUGGGAGGAGAUUUGCGAUGCUGAGUUCCAUACUGUUUGCAGCUGUGGGUGUUAUAGGAGCUGGCUACUCAGUCAUAGUUGCAGCUGUAGCCAUAAACCGUGGACCUAAAUGUUAUGCUGUAGUUGACGGCACACAAAUGUGGACGUAUCCCUUCACUGAGGGCGACUACCUGUCCAACUCAAACUUGUGGUCUCAGUGCAUCGAGCCCCCGCGUGUGGUGUCAUGGCACCUCUCCCUAUUCUCAGUGGUGCUGGUCAUGGGUUUAAUCCAGAUGGUGAUGUGUGCAGUGCAGGUGCUGAAUGGCCUGCUGGGAGCUCUAUGUGGAGAUUGCUGUGGCGGGAGUGACGGAGCUGUGUGAGAAAAAGAAAGUUUCGCCUGAAUUUCUUCUGAUUUUAGUACAUAUCACAUCAUUGUAUUUGUCUUUAAUAGUACGUUUAUAGGAUAAUAGGAGCUACAUGAUUACAGUGUAGUACAGUCCAAUCUGUUUUAAGUUGACCUCAAUUAUGCCUCAUUUAAGUCAACCAACUGUUUAAGUCCCGGGUCAUUGUGUUCUUUUAUUACUAUUGCCCACUUAAGGCUACAUCAACAUACACUAGACACUGCUUUUAGGGAUUUGAGACCCAAAGACAUCAUUUCCAUUAAAGAAUUGUCAAUAUGUCUUGUUGUAGUGUUGUUAACGUCAUCAUUAUUGGUUGUGUGUUUUUUCAUAAGCAGAUUUGCCACAUGUGGAUAUAAGCAGAAUAGAAAAUGUGUGGAUGUUUGGAUACGUUGUUCUUUAUUGCCUUGCUUUCAAUGUUAACAUAGAGCCACAAUCCAGUGAGGUACUGCAAUAAUUCCUGGGGGAAAUGUGUUAUGACUACCCCCUAGAGUGCUUUUUUGGUGUUGAUUUAUUUAUGAGUCAAGUUUGCAUUCAAUGACGGCCGUUGCAUUUUGAAAAAAGUAAAUAAAAUAUUUGAAAUCCUUUGUGUCAUAUCUGU